UUGUUUUUUUUUUUUUUGACAGAAGUCACUGCGCUUUGUUGGCAUCCCAAUCUGCUGCAAUAACAGUGCAAAUGCAACAAAGUCAGCACUCCACGGCGGCAACAUUCUCAACCCCCACUCCUCCUCCCUCUUCAUCCUCCGCCGAGGCACCGCCGAAGCAAGUUGCUUUAGCUAUGGACAAACUCGGACAAGCCGAACGAAUAAUCGCCGAUAUCAGAAUUGGCGCCGAUCGCCUCCUCGAAUCUCUAUUCGUCGCCGCCUCCGGACCUCCCCACCAACGCAACAAGCCUCUUCAGGUUUUCAUCCAAGAAGAUACAUGUAUGCGCAAGCAUUUUCAAGAUCUUCGAUCUCUCGGUAAGGAACUCGAAGAAGCUGGAGUUCUCAGUGAAUCAGUUCGGUCGCGGAAGGACUUUUGGGGCUUGCAUAUGCCGUUGGUUUGUCCAGACGGUGCCGUCGUAGCUUAUGCUUGGAAACGACAACUCGCUGGUCAAGCUGGUGCUUCUGCUGUUGACAGGACUAGGUUAGCUCUCAAAGCUUUUACUGAUCAGAAAAGACGAUUUUUCCCCCAUCUUGAUGAUGGACUUGAAACUAAUGAAUCAGCUUCAAAGAAACACUGUGGGUCGGAAGAAGUUGCAAUGGAACCUAAGGAAGAGGUUAGCUUUUUUAGGCCGCUACCAGAUGUUCUGAAGUCCUUGGAAAAGGAAGUGCCAAAUGUGAAAAUUUCGACUUUUGAACGUUUGGACUGGUUAAAAAGAGCUUCCACACUCGCUUCUUCAACAAAUGAGAGUUCUCUGGAACAUCACUAUCAUGGUUCUAAUAAGCUAAGGCUAGGAUCAAUGGGAAUGGUUGUUCCGGAGAAAGUUGCAGUAAUAGAAUUGUUGUUCCCGUCUAUCUUCAGAGCUGUUAUAUCCUUGCAUCCUGCUGGUUCCACUGAUCCUGAUGCUGUAGCUUUCUUUUCUCCAGACGAGAGCGGAAGCUAUGUGCAUGCAAGGGGGUUUUCAGUUCAUCAUGUGUAUAGACAUAUUACGGAAUAUGCAGCGAUAGCUCUGCAGUAUUUUCUUGCCAACCAAGCUGAAACAUCUCUGUAUUGUCUUUUGCAUUGGAUUUGCAGCUACCAGUCUCUAUUUUCAAGAUCAUGCAGCAAAUGUUCAAAGCUUCUUGCCAUGGAUAAACAGUCAAAUUUAUUGUUACCCCCAGUCCACCGGCCCUACUGGAAGUUUUCCUUUUCAAAAAUUUUGUCAAUCAUAUCUUCAAAGAACCAGAACUCAGAUACUACUAUGGCUUAUCAUAUUGGCUGCCUUUCCGGGGAAGUAUGAUUACACCCACCAUUAAUUUUGUUUAAAAAUCUUCAGGAAACGUAUGCGCACAUGGUGUCAUAUCUUGUUCAUUGAAAGAUUGAUUUUUGGAUGCUGGGAAGUUAUCGUCACCCUGACAUUGAUCAUUGCCUGCCGCAAGACAACCAUAUAAGUUCAAGGUGGAAACAUUACGACCUUUAUGUUUUUGCUAGAAUGAAAUGCCGGCUGAUUGUAAUUUUUAAAGGAUCAGUCAGUAUGUGAAACUUAAGAAUGACGCUACCUCACAUCUCUAUCUUCUCUGUAUCUACUAGUUUUUCUGUCCAUGUAUAAUACUAGAAAAUAGUUCAAGAGGGCCAAACUCAUCUGAGAUUGAGGCACAUGUUAAAAGGUGCGGUGGAUGCAGGUGUUGCGAUGGUAUCGAAAGCUGUUGUCUUGGUCCUGUGAAUGUAAGUAGUAUUGUGUUGGAGGGUGAGUGCCAAUUAACUUUCUAUUUUACCCGACUUAAAAUCUUUCUUCGGGAAUGCAAAGUUUUGUUAUUUGAAGUUUCAUUGGCAUUUAACUUGGGCAAGUAUAAAAUUCUCCCACCAUGGUCAAGUUGCCUUUUUACUGACAUUUGACACUUGUACCGGUUUAUGUACAGUUACAAAAUAUAUAAAAUAUUACAAAUACUAUAUUUUACUUUUGCACCUUCCCUAUUAAAUUAGCUCACCUAUCUUACUGUGUUAGUGGGCCCUGUAUUUUUUUUUU